GCUUCCUCAAAGUUACCUUGGGAGUAAUUACAACCUUUUUCUUUCCUGUGUUUCAGGGGAAUGAGGCAAGCUACCCCUUGGAAAUGUGCUCACACUUUGAUGCCGAUGAGAUUAAACGACUAGGGAAGAGAUUUAAAAAGCUCGAUUUGGACAACUCUGGUUCUUUGAGUGUGGAAGAGUUCAUGUCUUUACCUGAGUUGCAGCAGAACCCAUUAGUACAGCGAGUAAUAGAUAUAUUUGACACUGAUGGAAAUGGAGAAGUGGACUUCAAAGAGUUUAUAGAAGGGGUCUCCCAGUUCAGCGUCAAAGGAGACAAGGAGCAGAAGUUGAGGUUUGCUUUUCGCAUUUAUGAUAUGGACAAAGAUGGUUAUAUCUCGAAUGGGGAGCUCUUCCAGGUGCUGAAGAUGAUGGUUGGGAACAAUCUCAAAGACACUCAGUUACAGCAAAUUGUAGAUAAAACCAUAAUUAAUGCAGAUAAGGAUGGUGAUGGAAGAAUAUCUUUUGAAGAAUUCUGUGCUGUUGUAGGAGGCCUAGAUAUCCACAAAAAGAUGGUGGUAGAUGUGUGACUCUGUAGGGCACCACCCAACACUUUUGCUUUCUUCUCCAUCUCUGAAGAUCUGCUCAAGACGUCCAGCAAUGCUCUCUGUGUAUUUAAAUGGAAGUAUUUUUCUCUGUGAAGCCACAUUUUUCCAACAUGAGCCUCAUGAAGCCAACUAAGUGUUAUUGAACUUUUAUUCUCUCAAUAACUCAGUGUAGCACUUUAAAUUCUGAAGGACAGCAAAGAUUGAAAGAGCAUAUCAGUGUGGUGGAGAAAGGGAAGGGGUUGGCUUUUUAAUUUAUUUUUCUUCAUCUUUUAUAACAAGGAAAUAUCUAUAUAUAUAUAUAUGUGUGUGUGUAUUUAUAUAUAGAUAUAUAUGUAGCUUUCUAUAUGUAGUAGCUAGAUGGGCUUUAAUUUAAUAUACUUGAUUCAGAAACAGAACUAGAGUACAAAGUGCCAAGCAGAAUAUUAACAGUUCAAUAUAUGGAUAUACAUCCUUACUUUUAUUUCACACAGUUUUAUAUAUAUAGUAGAAGAAUGUAAAAUUUUAACUGGGUGUUAGGUAAACUCUUUUCUUUUUCCUGUGACUGUUGAGAUGUUUCUAUAUAUUGACUGGCUGACAAAGCGUUGCUUCUUAUUAAUUUACCUUAAUUACUUUUUUUUUUUUUUGGGUAACACAGGAGACUAAGUUUAUUUAUACCUGUUAAUAUAUUACCAGGGACUGUGUCCCUUUGCUAAAUAACUUAGUACAGUUCUACUUAAUAUGAGAAUAUAGUUUAAUGCUACUGCCAAGAACCAGUCCCCAUGGGUGCAGUGACUGCACAGUGUUCCCCUGGCCACUAGAUCUUGUCACCUAGGAACUAGGAGCGAUUACACUUAUCCCUAGGGAAAUGUAAACCUGCUAUUCGGGAUCCAGUUAGAUGUGGCUGCUGCUCGUGAUACUAGAUGCAUUCAUGAUUUUCUCUUGUACUUAGUUUAAUGAAAUUAGGAUUGACAUUAACUGCAGGAUUCCCAUCUGCUUCUUUUGUAUAGUACUUAGAUUAUAAAAUGCUCUUGCCAGUAAAUUCUGCUAUUUCGACUAUGAUAGUUUCCCCUCUGCAUUUAAAGAAUACUACAAGUAGCGAAUAUUGCUGGUAAUAUUUUAUAUAUAUGUAUAUAGGAUUCAUACAUGGGGAAAAUCUUGUUAACCUAUGCCAUAGAGGAGGAGAACUUCACACUAUCUAAAUUUAUACCUCUUGCAGUUCUCCAGCCCUUUGCCUGGAGAAUUUUUCUUUUCUAGAUUUGUCCAUAUCAUAAUUUGUAACGGAUGGUAACUUGAUAUAUUUGUGUGAUAUAAAAGUAGCGAGCCAUAUUUCAUGACUUUAUAUCAUCCCUUCCCUUUUCUGCAAUGGUACUAUUGGCUGGAAGGAAAACAUUUGGUAGGUUUUUUUUAGGACAGUACAUCUUUCCUGUAUAGUAGUUUUUCUAUUUAAAAA